AUGGCACACGCGUUAUGUUUAACGGAAAGGCAAAUAAAAAUAUGGUUUCAAAACAGGAGAAUGAAAUUGAAAAAAGAAAUACAAGCAAUUAAGGAAUUGAACGAACAGGAAAAACAGGCACAGGCACAAAAAGCUGCGGCUGCAGCGGCGGCAGCUGCUGUCGCCGAACAAAAUUAG